GCAAUUUGCCGAUGCUUGUCACCGGCGCGCCCACCGCGCGGCUGACGACUCGUUCUGAUUUCCUGGUCGCGACGCCGCGGGCCCUGGGAGCAGCGCUUCGUCGCAGUGUGAACCAUCAGCUUGCAGGCCCGGCUUCGUCGCGCGACGUUCGCCGAAUGUCCAUACUCAAGGGCAUCAUGCAGGGUUUCUCCAAGGGCGGGAGCGCUGCGCCGGCGGCUCCCCAGAAGUCGGAGCCCACGGUCCUUAGCUUCAGCGACAACGCCCCCUCCUGGCAGCAGCUAGAGGAGAUGGUCAAGGCGCAGCACGCGGAGCUGGGGGUGGACUUCUGGAGGAACCCCAACGAGGGUGACCUGCACCCCAUGGCCACCCGCCGCACCUUCGGCUCCUCCGCCCCCGUGCGGGUCAAGCUGUAUCGCGACCACGCCUCCUGGUGCCCCUACUGCCACAAGGUGUGGAUGCAGCUUGAGGAGAAGCGCAUCCCGUACGAGAUUGAGAAGAUCAACAUGCGCUGCUAUGGCGACAAGCCAGCCAGCUUCAUGGCCAAGGUGCCCAACGGCCUGCUGCCGGUCAUCGAGCUGGACGGGCGGGUGGUGACCGAGAGCGCCGUCAUCAUGAACCUGCUGGAGCAGGCCUUCCCGGACAACAAGCCGCUCAUGCCGCCGCAGGGCACGCCCGAGCGCGCCCGUGCCGACCAGCUGAUGCGGCUGGAACGGCGCUUCUUCAGCGACUGGCUGGGCUGGCUCACCUCGGACUGGAACCACGCGCGCGGCAAGGCCCAGUUUGAGGCGACUGUGGACGCGGUGGCGGCGGAGCUGGAGCGCGCAGGGGGCCCCUACUUCCUGGGCUCCGACAUCAGCCUGGUGGACAUCACCUUUGCGCCCAUGCUGGAGCGAGCAGCCGCCUCGCUCACCUACUACAAGGGGUUCCACCUGCGCGGGCAGGGCCGCUGGCCGGCGGUGGACAGGUGGUUUGCGGCCAUGGAGAGCCGCCCCACCUACCUGGGCACCCGCUCCGACUACUACACACACGCGCACGACCUGCCGCCGCAGCUGGGCGGCUGCGCCAUGCACGAGGAGGGCGAGCCGCUGGCCGCCGCCCUCGACGGCACCGACGGCGUGCACUGGCGGCUGCCGCUGCCGCCGCUGUCGGCGUCCUCGCUGCCUGAGCCCUACUGCCCCGGCGACAACCCGCCCGUGGACCGACUGGAGGCCGCGGCCAAGCUGGUGCGCAACCACGACGCAGUGGUCCGCUUCGCACUGCGCGGCCCCGGCCAGCCCGGCCCGCGGCCCGUGACGGCGCCGCUGGCGGACCCCACCGCCAUCCCCAACACCAACUACACGGCGGAGGCGGACGCAGCGCUGCGGCACGUGGCGCACGCCCUGCUGGCGGGCGUGGAGGCCAAGCAGCUGUCGCAGCACGCGCUGCAGACGUCUGCAAGCGGCGGCCUGUCGGGCGCGGCGGUGGUGCUGGCGGCUGACUACCUGCGCGACCGCGUGGGCGUACCCCGUGACAUGCGCUACCCCGCGGCGCGGCAGUUGCGGGCGCACCUCAACUGGCUCAUUGACAGCCUCACGGCCGCCGCGCCCACCUCCGCGUGAGGGGCAGGCGGGGACGGGGCUAGAGCCGCUGCGAGAGGUGCAGAGGAGGUGUGUGGUUGGGGGUGGAGAUGGUCAGCAGGGGCAGCGUUCUGGGCUGUGGAUUAGGUGCAUGCUUGCUUUGGGCGUAGGGUGAGUGCUGGAGGUCCAGCAGGAGUGGAGUGAGCUGUGUGUGCUAGUUGGAUACUUGGAUGGAUGAGCGCCGAGGCGGGUGCAACAUGCGCAUGCGGGCGGCAUGACAGGAGAGACUCGAAUGCAGGGGUGGCACGGGAGUCUUUGCGUAACUUUUGGGCAGAGUUUUGCAUAGCUCGUAUGGUGGAAGCUCAGGAUAGCUACAUUGAGGAGUGCAUGUGCACGCAUGUGGGCACUGAGACAGGUUUGGCGGCGCUGGCAGAAGUGGAGGCCUGAGAGGUGAUGUUGAGAGCAGAGAGCUGUGCGGUGCUAUGCACCGGACUAGGUCACUCGGCAACCAGGCACCACUCUGGACGGGCAUCGAAAGCCCUAGGUCUGCUGUUGCAACGUCAGGUGUGCUGGUGUAGUGCCGCGCAACCCAC